AUGUUUUCUUUACAAAUUCUAAAUAAAACUGUUGGCAAAUGUUUACACACUACGAAUUUACGCAAAAUUCGGUUUUUAAGUCAAAAUUGCUUUACAAGUGGCAUAGCAAAGUUGGAAACACCUCUGAAUGCGUAUUAUAACCACUACAUAAAGUUACCUUUACCUGAAAAUAAAAUAUUUGCCACAUACGUUUGGAUUGAUGGCAGUGGUAUACAUAUGAGGUCCAAAGACAGGAUACUGGAUCAGAUUCCAUGCGAUUUGAAAAUGGUUCCAAAGUGGUCAUUCGACGGAAGUUCGACGGGACAAGCUACAACCGAUAAUUCAGACACUUUGUUGAUUCCUUCAGCAAUUUACAGAGAUCCAUUUCGUAAAAGUCCUCACAUCAUAGUUCUUUGUGAAACAUACUACGGUGAUGGUAAUCCAACUCCGACUAAUCAUAGGGCUCACUGUGCCAAAGUUCUUAGUAAAAUCACUGAUCAAGAUCCAUGGUUUGGAAUAGAACAAGAGUAUUCAAUAUUUGAUUUAGACUUGUGGCCACUGGGUUGGCCAAAGAUGCGUGGUUAUCCUGUGUUAAAAUCGAAAUAUUCAUAUUGUGGUAUGGGUGAACAUGUUGCUGGCAGAGAAGUGGUUGAGUGCCAUGCCAGAGCCUGCGUGUAUUCCGGUAUGGAUUACGGUGGAUCAAAUGCUGAAGUUAUGAAAGGGUCAUGGGAAUUUCAAGUUGGGACGACACCGGGUAUCAAAGCUGCUGACGAUUUAUGGGUCGGACGAUACUUGUUGGGACGAAUAGCAGAGAAUUUUGGAGUUAUCAUUAGUUAUCAUCCCAAACCUAUGGGAAAAGAUCAGCCAGGUAUUGGGUGUCAUCAUAAUUUCAGCGUUAACAAAAUGCGCUGUGAUGAUGGUGUAAAGGAAAUAGAAAGAGUAUGUAAAUUACUGUGCGAAAAACAUAAAACCUAUAUGAAAAGUUAUGGACUUGGUGAUGGUGAAGAAAAUCGUAAAAGAUUGACUGGGAAAUUUGAAACGGCCUCUUUUGACACUUGCCGGUGGGGCGUAGCUGAUCGUGGGGCAUCUAUCAGGCUCCAGAGAAGUGUAGUUACAAAAGGAAAAGGAUUUCUCGAAGAUCGCAGACCGGCUGGAGACUGUGAUCCUUAUCGAGUGUGUGCACUCUUAGCAGAAACUUGUUCAAAUUAAA